CGAUUUUUGAUGCUGUGGUUGACGAUGUCGACAUCACGCCCAUUAACGCCGCCUCUCUCCCGAUCUUUCUCCUGCUGAUCCAAACAUCGCGAAUUACCAUCAGGUGAAAAUGAUUUUGGCUCUGUAAUCCGCGCACUCCUCAGUCAUUGGUAUUUAAAUGAAUAAAAUCGUAUAAAGUGGCUUCUGGUGAAUUGCUGUGUAUUUGCUGUUUGACCGGAUUAAGGAGAUGUGAGUCCAUGGAUAAUGUCCUCUCCUGUCCGACAGAUGACCCACCGGAGACUACCGCCUCUCCCCGGGGUGGCACCCCACAGGCGCCAGGGCCGGCGAUCUCCUGUCAACGAUAUGGUUAUCACAGGGGUGACAUGUAGCCCUGGUCUAAUAUCCCACCAUUCCAGCCGGAGUACCCAUAGUUCCUCAACCAUGUAUCCACGGACACCAGAUCUUCAGACUGAGACGGUGACCCAGUUUUUGUUUGACAAUCCGGAUUUCCUCGAUUCCUUUGUGAUUCAGCACGUGCAUGAGGACAGAGUUCGGCAGUGGUCACAACGGAAACAUAAAGGUCAAGGUCACAAUGCCCUGACCCUUACAAAUGGCGAUUUAUUUAAAGACCACCGGAGUAAUUGGAAGAACUGUAUUCAGUCAAAAAAAUGGCGAGUUCUUCAGGAGUUAACGAAGGACAACACAACAAAUAAAGCCCGAGUGUUCACGGAACUCGCUGCGUGCGCAGCUGAAUCCGUAAACGCUGAUGGACACAACCUAUAUUUAGUCGAUGAUCAAAACCAGUUAUUCUUGGCCAGUAAAAGUAGCAAAAACCAACGCGCCCCUACAACAUGUGUAGGGAGAAUCGAACCCCGCACCACACUGCCAGCCUACGUGGCAUACACCAAGGAGUCGGUGGUAACCCAGAACCUUGUGGGGGAUCCUCGAUUUCCUCUGGGGUUCGGCGUGGAAACAGAAAAGGGAGUGUCUGCUAUAGCAGUCCCCCUCUUACAUGGCAGCAACACCAUUCUAGGUGUUGUUGAAUUAUACAGAAACUACGGCAACAUGCCUUUCUCUGUGGAAGAAGAAGAGGUAGCAGAAAUGAUGCUAGUGUGGGCAGAUAUUUGUAUGGAAUACGUGGAGAUAGUGGUCAAUAUUAUCCUUUGGGGAGGCUUUGCCGUAUAUUACAUGGAGAUGUACAAUAGUAUGAUGAAGCAGAGGAAGCUAAAUGAUUUCCUUUUAGCGGUAACUAAAUCAAUUUUCCAAGACAUAGUCAGCAUGGAUACAGUCAUCAUGAAAAUAAUGAAUUAUGCCAAAAAGCUUGUGAUCGCCGAUAGGGCGUCCUUGUUCUUGGUGGACACGAAAAGUCGCGAGUUGUACGCGCGGAUAUUUGACACGGGCAGGGUGGAGGAACAUAUUCCUCAGAAAGAAAUCAGAUUCCCAAUGGAUAGGGGUGUGGCUGGUCACGUGGCUUCCACGGGGGAGGUACUGAAUAUUGCAGACGCCUACACGGACAGCCGGUUUAACCGCGAUGUCGACUUACAGACAGGAUACAGAACUAAAAGCAUACUAUGUAUGCCGAUCUAUAACCGAGGAAACAUUAUUGGUGUCGUACAGAUGGUAAAUAAAAUCGACGGAGUGUUUACAAAAGGGGACGAAGAGUCAUUCGAAACCUUCGCUAUUUAUUGUGGACUGGCUCUUCACCAUGCUAAACUGUAUGACAAGAUCCGCCGGUCAGAACAGAAGUACCGUGUCGCGGUAGAGGUUCUUUCGUACCACAGUCAGUGUAAUGACGAGGAGUACCAGAUGAUCAAAACAAUGCCCAUUCCUGACGACAUUCCCGAUAUUCUAGAUUACGAUUAUUCCCCCUGGGCGAUCGACAACGAUAACAAGCCUGUGUAUGUCCUGUAUAUGAUGAGGGACAUCUUUAAGAUGCACUCACAUAGUAACAAAAACGAAGAAAGAAGGUUUGACAUUGAUGAUAUGAUCCGGUUUACACUGACUGUACGCAAAAACUACCGGAACGUCCCCUACCACAACUGGGCGCAUGCCUUCUCUGUCGCACACGCCAUGUUCGCCGUCAUUAAAACAUCCCAGCAUCACUUCACGCCUAUCGAGAGUCUGGCUUUGUACAUUGCUUGCCUCUGUCAUGACCUUGACCACAGGGGAAAGACGAAUGCUUUUAUGGUCAAGAGCGCGGCUCCUCUGGCUGCCAUUUACUCGACAUCUACUAUGGAGCACCAUCAUUUCAACCACACUGUCACCAUAUUACAGAAUGAAGGUCACAAUAUUUUCAAACACCUUACCUCAGCAGAAUACAAGCAGAUUUUGAGUGAUAUUAGGCAUUGUAUUCUGGCCACAGAUUUGGCAUUGUUCUUUGGAAAUAGGUCCCGCUUACAGGAUAUUGCCGAUAAAGGAGAGUUUUCAUGGGAUAAUGCAGAACACAGAAUGCUUCUUCAAGCUGUUAUUAUUACGGGGUGCGAUCUAUGCGCAAGCGCAAAACCUUGGGAUAUUCAACUUGACCUUGUGAAAUCGAUUUUUGAUGAGUUCUAUAAAGAGGGGGACGAGGAACGAUCCCAGGGACUGACUCCUAUGCCGAUGAUGGAUAGACAGAAAAAGAACGAAUUACCACAUCUUGAGGUGGGGUUCCUUGUUGGCAUUUGCCUCCCUUGUUACGAGGUGAUGGCUCAGAUCCUCCCAGAAACAAAACCAAUGGUGAACGGAGCCAUUGCUAACUUGAAGAAAUGGCGAGAAUUAGCAGAGAAGGAAGCUAUGGAAAAGGAAAAAGAAAAUCAGGAACCUCAAAAACCACAGCAAACUGAUGAUAACCAGGAUAAUGAGAUAGAAAAACAACCGAUGAUAUCAGAAAAACCCAGUGAUGACGCUAAAGUUACGUCAGAAAAGACUCUUUUAUCGACGGGAGACGGCUUAGAUGACAGUGCUUCAGAUACAAGUUUUUUGGCGGCAGAUAAACCACUGCCAGACAUUUCUAGUGACCAAACCUCGAACAUUAGUGUAUCGUCAGAGAAAACGGCGUUAUCGUUACACAGCGAAGAGUCACGAUAAUUAAUCGGUCUUUUCAUGAGAUGUUUUAUUUUUAUUACAGUGAUUUUAAAUAUUUUAGCGCCAUGGAGCGUUUCCAUGACAAUGAACUUUGUGUUUAACCACUACGCAGGGUAACCAUGGAGCGCGCAUGCUCCGUGAUGCAAGGUCUGUGAUUUAUUUAUAUUUCUUACCAGAGAGGGUAUGCUGUUUGGGUACUCUCAUAUAAAUUAUUCGGAACCUCUUAUUUAUUUUCAUGACGAUAAUACUCCACGACGUUCCAUCCUUUCUGCGUUUUAUUCCGUUAAGUGUUUUUAUCGUAACGUUGACGUGUUGGAUAUUGUAGAUUAAAUCGUUAUCAAAGUUA